AUGGACCUGACCAACUCUACUGAUUAUCUGCUCAAUGACUCUACUUUAAUAAGAAACAGAACUCACAUCUCAACUUCUGCCUCAGCAGUGAUUGUUGUAGUUCUUUUGUUUAUGUCAUUUUUAAUUGGCACGAUCACCAAUGGUCUCUAUCUAUGGGUGCUAAAAUUCAAAAUGAAAAAGACUGUCAAUACUCUCUUAUAUUUUCAUCUCAUUCUCUCCUAUUUUAUUUCAAUAUUAUUUUUGCCAGUUUUGGCCAUCUCUCACCUUCAAGACAAUCACUGGAGCUUUGGAAGGGCUACGUGCAAGAUCUUCAACAGCAUUUUGUAUGCAGCAAUGUUCGCCUCUGUCUUCUUCAUCUCAGCCAUCAGUGUUGAUCGUUAUCUUCUCACUUUUCACCCGGUGUGGUCACAACUGCAUCGAACCCCACGCUGGGCUUCCAGCAUCAUCCUGGGAAUCUGGAUCUUUGCUGCUGCCCUUGGCAUGCCCUAUGUGGUUUUCAGGGAGACACAUGCUGACCAUAGAGGAAGGGUAACCUGCCAAAACAACUAUGCUGUGUCUACUAACUGGGAGAGCAAAAAGAUGCAAACAUUAAGGAAAUGGAUUCAUGUAGCCUGUUUCAGCAGCCGCUUCUUGCUGGGCUUCCUUCUGCCUUUCCUCAUCAUCACCUUUUGUUAUGAAAAAGUAGCCAAAAAGAUGAAAGAGAGGGGACUGUUGAAAUCCAGCAAGCCCUUCAAAGUCAUGAUGACAGCCAUUGUCUCCUUCUUUGUGUGUUGGAUGCCCUAUCAUGUAUACCAAGGCUUACUUCUCACUGAAAACAGAUCUCUGUUUUUCCAGGUGACUCUUUUACUCACAGUGGUAACUACUACCUUCAAUACUGUGUUUUCUCCCACACUCUACCUCUUUAUUGGGGAGAACUUCAGAAAAGUUUUCAAGAAGUCUGUCCUUGUUCUUUUUGAGUCAACAUUCAGUGAGGAUUCCUCGUCAGAAAGGACAGAAAACCUAAAUUCAGAAGCCGACAUGUAA